AUGUGGAAACUAUACCAAAAUGACCCUGACUACUACAAACCAAGAAAGUUGGGUGUUGCCUAUAAGGAUUUACAAGUUUAUGGUGACGCCAUGGAUACUGACUAUCAAACAACUGUAUCAAAUGGUGUGGUAAAAUAUGCAAGGAACAUGAUCAAGAGAAUAACUAAAAGAAAACAACAAAACACCUUUGAUAUCUUGAAACCGAUGGAGGGCUUAAUCAAACCAGGAGAAGUUACAGUUGUACUAGGAAGACCUGGUGCUGGUUGUACAACAUUCCUCAAGACUAUCGCUUGUCAUACUGAUGGGUUCAAUGUUGCUAAUGAUUCUGUCAUUUCUUACGAUGGUUUCACUCAAAAGGAGAUCAAGCAAUACCUAAGAGGAGAAGUUAUUUAUUGUGCUGAAACAGAUAUUCACUUCCCAUACUUGACUGUUGGUCAAACUUUGGAAUUUGCUGCAUUGAUGAAAACUCCAAGAAAUAGACCAGCUGAUAUAUCACGUGAACAGUACGCGAAACAACUUGUUGACGUUGUUAUGGAAACUUAUGGAUUAUCGCACACAAUAAAUACCAAAAUUGGGAAUGAUUUUGUACGAGGUGUGUCGGGUGGUGAACGCAAAAGAGUUUCACUUGCAGAAGUCUCGUUGGUACAAGCGUCUAUUCAAUGUUGGGAUAAUUCAACUCGUGGGUUGGAUGCAGCCACUGCGUUAGAAUUCAUCCAAUCCUUAAAGACUUCUGCUACAACUUUAAACGAUACGCCCUUGGUUGCCAUUUAUCAAUGUUCACAAGAUGCUUACAAUUUAUUCGAUAAAGUUAUUAUAUUGUACGAAGGUUAUCAAAUCUAUUUUGGUUCAAGCCAACAUGCAGCAGCCUAUUUUCAAAACAUGGGGUUUGUUUGUAAAGAUAGGCAAACUAUACCAGAUUUCUUAACUUCAAUUACCAACCCAGCCGAACGUAUGGUGAAGCCAGGGUUUGAACACAAAGUGCCACAUACGCCAAGAGAGUUUUAUCGCCAUUGGAGAAGAUCCUCCGAGAGGCAGUUCUUGUUGGAAGAGAUUGAUAAAUAUUUGGAUUACUGUCUGAUUCUCAACUACAAACUGAAAAUCUUUAAGGCUAUGCAAGCGCAAAAGUCAAAACAUACCAACAGCAAAUCUCCUUAUACUGUUUCACUACCCAUGCAAGUACGAUACAUCAUAAAGCGUAAUUUCAAUCGAAUAAAAGGUGCACCUUCAAUCCCAAUAGUGACUGUGCUUGGAAAUAUCGCAUUGAGCUUAAUCUUGGCGUCAGUGUUUUACAACUUGGAACCAAAAACUGAUUCUUUUUAUCAUCGUACUGCUGUCAUUUAUUACUCAAUGUUGAUCAAUUCGUAUUCAUCGGUGUUGGAAAUAUACAACAUUUACGAAACGAGACCAAUUCAGCAAAAGCAUCGAGAAUAUGCCUUGUAUUCACCAGCCGCAGAUGCAAUAGGAUCACUUGUGACUGAUUUACCAUUGAAGUUUAUUAGCAGUUGUUGUUUCAAUUUGAUACUUUAUUUCAUUGUCAAUUUCAAGCGUGAACCUGGUGCAUUCUUCUUUUAUUGGUUGAUCAAUUUUCUUUCCACAUUGAUGAUGUCUCAUUUGUUCAGAACCAUUGGUGCAUUCACAAAGACAUUGGCUGAGGCAAUGACGCCAUCAUCCUUGUUGUUGUACGCCAUGAGCAGGUUUACGGGAUUUACCAUGCCCUUAAACUAUAUGCUUGGUUGGUGCAAAUGGAUCCAGUACAUCAAUCCCUUGUCGUACGUUUAUGAAGCACUUAUCAUCAAUGAAUUCCACGGCCGCACAUUUGAAUGCUCCAAAUUUGUGCCCCUGGGAGAAGGCUAUCCCAAAAGCGGGAACUCCACUGUAUGCGCAACUCUUUCUGCAAUCCCUGGCUCGAAAGUUGUUGAUGGUGAUCUAUACAUGAAGGUUGCCUUAACCUACGAAUGGAAACACGCAUGGAGAAACUUUGGCAUAUUGUUGGCGUACGUUAUCUUUUUAUUUUUCACGACAUUGUUUUUUGUUCUGUAUUGUCAAACCGCAAAGUCCAAAGGAGAAGUAUUGGUCUUCAAAAAGGGCCAUUUCAAAGGUUUAAAGUCUGUUGAAGAAGACGAGGAGGCAUAUAUGGAAGAUCAAAUAGCGCUGGAAUCGAGCUCAUCCACUCAAGUAAGUGAUGAAAAGGGCAUGUUUGAUUAUGCCGAUCGUAAAAUAUUGCAAACUUCAGAUGUUUUCCACUGGCGCAGCUUGACGUACAAGCUACAGAUCAAAGGUGAAGAGAGGACUAUUUUGAAUGGAGUUGAUGGAUGGAUUAUGCCUGGCGAAGUGACUGCAUUGAUGGGAGCCUCAGGUGCAGGAAAGACAACCUUGUUGAACGCCUUGAGUGAACGUUUGACUGUUGGUGUCAUUACUUCGGGCUCUCGAAUGGUUAAUGGAUGUCAAUUGGACAAUGCAUUUCAACGACUGAUUGGGUAUGUGCAACAACAAGAUUUGCAUUUGGAAACUUCGACUGUGCGAGAAGCAUUGAGGUUCAGUGCUUACUUGAGACAAUCGCGUAAGGUCUCGAAAGCUGAGAAGGAGGAGUAUGUGGAAAAGAUUAUCGAAUUGAUGGAAAUGGAGGCUUAUGCUGACGCAGUUGUUGGUGUUCAAGGUGAAGGGUUAAACGUUGAACAAAGGAAACGUUUAACCAUUGCAGUUGAGCUAGUUGCUAGACCCAAGUUGUUGUUGUUUUUAGAUGAGCCAACAUCUGGAUUGGAUUCACAAACGGCAUGGUCCAUCUGCAGGUUGAUUAGAAAGUUGGCUGAUCACGGCCAAGCCAUUUUGUGUACAAUCCAUCAACCAUCAUCGAUAUUAUUGGAAGAAUUUGACCGGUUGUUAUUUCUCCAAAGAGGUGGUGAAACUGUUUAUUUUGGAGACCUUGGCUACAGGUGUCGAACAAUGAUUCGGUAUUUUGAACGCAAUGGCGCUCCUAAGUGUCCGCCUGAUGCCAAUCCUGCUGAAUGGAUGUUGCAUGUUAUUGGUGCUGCUCCUGGCUCUCAUGCGGAUAAGGAUUACUUUCAAGUAUGGAGGGAGUCACCUGAGUAUCUUGCUGUUCAGUAUGAGCUCAAUGCAAUGGAACAUAUGAACAAAGGACAUGAAGAGGAGCCUAAAAAUGCGACUACAUUGUCAAGGUGGAGAUUACGGCGUGAUGCUAAAGAAUCUAGACGAACUUAUGCGGCUCCAUUUUGGAUUCAAUACUAUUAUGUUUUGACAAGGUUAUUUCAGCAAUACUGGCGUACCCCUUCUUAUAUCUACUCGAAAUUUGCCAUGGGUAUCUUGUGUUCAAUGUUUAAUGGUUUCACUUUUUUCAAAGCGAAAAACACCAUGCAAGGUUUGCAGAAUCAAAUGUUGUCAAUUUUCAUGUUGUUUGCAGUUAUGACCACUUUAGCCCAACAAUACGUCCCCAUGUUUGUUAGCCAACGUGACUUGUACGAAGCUAGAGAACAACCAUCACGCACAUUUUCCUGGUUUGCGUUUAUUGCUGCUCAAAUUACUUCAGAAAUACCGUAUCAGAUAAUUGUCGCAGCUAUUUCCUUUUUUGUUUGGUACUACCCUGUUGGUAUGUAUCAUAAUGCUGGCGAUGCAGUUGAGCAACGUGGAGCUUUGAUGUGGCUUGCCAUGACGUUGAUGUUUGUUUAUAGCUCAACGUUGGCGCAAAUGUGCAUUUCCUUUAACCAAUUGACAAACAAUGCGGCAAAUGUCAUUUCGUUUCUCGUUACAGUGUCGAUGUUGUUUUGUGGUGUUAUUGCCAGCAAGGAUUUUAUGCCUAAAUUUUGGGUGUUUCUUUAUCGUUGCAACCCGCUCACGUAUCUUAUAUCAUCAAUGUUAUCGAUUGGUAUUGGAAAUUCUACAGUGAAGUGCUCCAAACAAGAGUUUUUGCAUUUUUCACCAGUACAACCAGGAAUACAAAAAUGCAAAGAUUACAUGAAGCCUUAUAUUUCCGUUGCCGGUGGAUACUUGACUAAUCCAGAAGCCACUGAGAGUUGCGAAUACUGUCCCAUGAAUAAAACAAAUCAGUACUUGUCUAAUAUCAAUAUUUCGAUACACAAUUUCGGUCGUGAUGUGGGGAUUUUUAUUGCAUUUAUUGCAUUUAAUAUUGUUAUGACGGUGUUUUUGUACUGGUUGGUUAGAGUACCCAAAGGAAAUAGGCGGAAACAUAAUCAUCGUUGGUUAGCGAGAUUUUCCAUGUUUACUGGAUAUGUUAAUCAAAAUUAG